AAUCAUAAGACCCAAGGGGUGGGGAAGAGAAAAACCCUAAAAUUAUCUUAUUUCCCCCUUUUCUUUUAGGUCCUUACAACAAACAUAAAUUGUUGGGUGAACAUAAAAAUUCAAUCUUUAUGUUAAAUUUUAUGAGAGGGGAUUUGUUAGAAACACUGAUUAUGGGAAAAGGAAAAGAAAUUUACUGAAAGGUUAAAAAAGGAAUGAAUUCAAAGGCUCUGAAUCCCAUUUCCAGGUAGUGUGUCCUUUGGUUUUUGGCUUUGGCCCUUCCAUUUUUCUUCUCUUCUCAUCUUCCUCCAUUUCUGUUUCCUCUUCUUUCUACUUUCUGUUUCUUUCUCUUGUUAAAAUUUCCCCCAAUUUCUAGUUUAGUAUAAAGUUGGGGGGAAAAGGGUAAGGAAGAAGAAAAUAAAUACGUUUAGCAUUAGAAAUACAAAAACCUAAAAAACUCUUUCCUUUUUUCUUUCUUGAAUGAUGGUUUGGACCUUUGGUCCUCCAUCUUCUUCUUCUUCUUCGUUUUUGCUUUCUGGGUUUCUUUGUUAACAAAUAAAAACUAACCCUUUUUGUUUUUACUAAUUCAUUCCUCUUUCAAAUGCAAAUAUACCCAACUGGGGAUCUUUUACAUGUAAUCUUCUUGCUUUAACUUGCUUUGUUGUUCGUGAUCUCGUCGACUAUGUCGCAAGAUUCUUCUUCUUCUUCUCCUCCUCCGAUCCCCUGUGACCGAUCCUCCCCUGAGCCACUUUCCCACAUCGAAAACCCCAACCCCAAUACGGCCAACGACGACCUUAUUGCUGAGAACGAGCCCACGACUACAACCACAACGACUAACAGUGAACAACCCACCACCAGAAGGAACCGACCCUCUCGGUCUUGUACUAUUCGUGCUGCCGAGCGGCUCUUGGCUGCUCAGUCAGUGGUUGAGCGGAAGCCGAAGCCUAAAAAGGAGCAGCAAGAGGAGGAGUCGCCACAGCAGCAGCAAUGCAGCAAGAUCGUGACCCCUUUGGUUGAGGAGCCUUCGCCUUCCCAGUUGCCGCGUUGGAGCCUUCGGUCUAAGUGGGAACUGGCGUCUGUACUUAAUUUCUUGCAUGUCUUUAGGCCACUACUGAAUAUUCAUAAUGAAUUCACAGUUGAGGAGUUUGAGACCGCCUUGAUUACACCCAACGACACUUUGAGUGACAUACACAUUCCAUUACUAAAGGCAAUUCCUCCUAUUACAAGAAUGGCCCUUACUCGGGGUACGUGGGUGACUGUAUUGUGCAGAAAAUUGCGAGACUGGUGGCACUGGGUUGCUGAAGGGGAUUUGCCCAUUGUUGCUUCACAUGGAGUUGAAAUUGAAGUUUAUAAAACUCUUGAUCCUGGGAUGCGAGUGGUCAUCUUGAAAGCACUAUGUGACAUCCGAGUUGAGCAAGAAGAUAUCCGAAGCUACAUUGAAAAUUCACUAAAACAUGGAGUUCAACUUUCAGCUUUUCGCAAAGAACGAAUUGGUGGAGACUCCCAUGGAACUUAUUUCUGGUAUGAGGAUGAUCCCAUAAUUGGUCAUCGUUUGUACCGUGAGAUUAGGAAAGUUGAGUUAAAAAAAGCCAAGGCCAAAGGUUCACAGGUCCUUCCUUCUACAACAUAUCAGUGGGAAACAGUUGCAACCAAUUUUGAUGAAUUUCAAGAUGUAUCGGAAAAGCUCUUUACAAGUAAAAAUCGAACAGAGGCUUCACUUGGGAAAAAGUUGAAGGUGGACAUGCUUCCCGAGAUUGAGAAGGUUCACAAGAGAAAAGAAAGGUUGCUGAAAAAACAGCAUAGACAAGCUCUUCUCUUGGAUAGUUUUGCACUUGUAGAUGGACUUGGUCCAGGACGCUCACUUCGUGAUAGAAAGCCUGUCACUUAUACAUUUGAUGAUUAUGAUCGAUCGAUCAACGAGGCUAUCAAAACAACCAAGCGUAAGCCUCCAUCUCCAGAACCUAAUCAUAGAAGAGAAACUGCUAUAAAGCUUGAACCUUCUGCAAAUGGAAAAUGGAGUGGUCCAUCAUAUCCACCUCAGAACUCCAAUUUCAGUGCACUAUCACCCAAGUCACCUGAUUAUGACGAUGCCGAUGAAGACGACCAACUGUCUGAACAGUUGGAUCGCAGACGAAGGCAAAGGCCACAGCGGUAUUCAGAAAAGGAUUAUGUGGAAGCAUUAUCAGAUAAUGAUGGAGAUUUCGACAGUGAUGAUGAUAUAGUUGGUGAAGCUGUAUAUGAUGAGGAAUAUCUACGAAAACGCAAGCAGAGGCGGAAAACGUCCAGCAGUUCUGAAGGAGAUGAAGAGUAUCACUAUGAAGAAGAAAAUGAUGAAGAGGAGGAGGAAGAAGAAGAAGAAUCCUUGAGCAUUAGUGAAGAUAGUGACCAACCACGAAAAGUAAAAAAAUUACCAGGACGUACGCGAAGGGAGACGAAGUUGAGGUCUGUUGGUGAGAUUCAGUCGGGUCUCAGACGUAGUAAAAGGGCUACUCGAAGCAGAAUAAAUUAUGGACAGUACGAUUUAUCAGAAUCUGAACCAGAGAAUAAUAAAGUUAAAAAGACUAAUGCUGCAUCUGAUGAGCACACAGAUGAUGCUAGUGAGAAUGGAGAUUACUCAGUUGAAAGUCAAGGGUCUGACAAUGAGGAUGACGAAGAAGACGAUGACCAAGAAAUGAAAGUUGACCAACCUGAUGAAGUUUACGCAGAGAAUGUAGAGGAACAAAAUCCUCCUGAAAAAUCGGUUAGCCCAGAUCAAGAUGAAACCGACGGUACAAAAAAAACACGGUUUCUUGAUCUGAAUGAGCUUGCUCCCGGCUCUGGUUUUGACGAUGCCCCAACUUCAGAAUUGAAAGAUGAUACAGAUGAUUUCUAGUAUCGUUUGUUUUGCUUGCUUAAUAGCAAUCACUAUAAUAUUCUCUCGUCAAAUCGGAAUGUACGAUAGUAAACUAUAAAUUUUGUGGUAAGCCUGCAGAAGAUAUUAGCAUCGGAGUUCUUCCUCAGGCUAAUUCGAACGAGCUGUGUCUUGGUGCAGUUACUGCAGCAAGGAGCAAAAGGAUGAUGAUGAGUUGAUAGAUUAGGGAGUCCAUUUUUUUUAGUAAUGUCCACAUUCAAUGAAAACCCAACAAUAGAUGGAAGGGGAAUUUGUUUGGUGUUUCUAUAGUUUUACCCAUCAGUGUACAAUAACCUUUUUACUAAUAUUGUAACCGAAAGAGUUGGCUUUUAGAUGUAUAAGCUCUAUCUAUUAUGAUACUGACUUUAAAUCUCCCCUCUCGAUAUAAAUGGGUUGGAUGGGUCUGUUUUAAUUAA